AUGAACGCAACUGAACGAAACUGCAUCUCUGGAGGCGAUAUCUCCGAUUCCAUAAGCCAGGUCGAAAUGCAGAUAUACAAAAGUCCUUUUAUCGCCACUGUCAAUGCAGUCCCAUCGAGACAAGAGCUGCGCUGGAUGAUCGAGCCAGUGAUGCCCAGUGAGAGUCUGGACCAGACCAGUGAACCUACAGCAAACCAGAGAGAAAGCUUCAAAAGAAAUAUACAGCUCACUCCAGACGAAGAGGAGAAGAUAAGACGGAGAAGAGAGCGUAACAAAAUGGCUGCUGCCAAAUGCCGCAACCGCAGACGAGAACUUAUUGACCUUCUUCAGGAGUUUUAG